UUUCCCACGGAGGAAAAUGGCGGGGGGCGGCCGGGGCGCGGGGGCGGCGACCCCCCAGUUGCGGCGCGACAAGCGGCUGGUGUGCGUGGAGUACCCCGGCGUGGUGCGGAACGUGGGCAAGAUGCUGCAGACUCUGGGGGGCGAAGACGGAGUCUCUCGGGUCUAUGCUGACCCUAGCAGAAGGCUUGAGCUCCACUUCCGCCCCAAGGACCCCUACUGCCACCCCGUGUGUGCCAACCGCUUCCCUACGUCUUCCAUGCUGCUUAAAGUGAAAAGGACUACAAGGAGGAAGCGUACAGAAGCCGGAGCGUCUGAGGAAGACGUCCAGUUUGAAGUAGAGAUUCUUGGGAUUGUUACCACAGUCUAUAAGUUUCAAGGGAUGUCCGAUUUCCAGUAUUUGGCAGUGCACUCUGGACCUCAAGGCAAGCACACCUCCAUGUAUGACAAAGUGUUGAUGCUCAAACCGGAGAAAGAGGAGUUCUUCAUGAACGAACUGCCGCUCUACAUCCCUCCGCCCAUUUUCUCACGCUUGGACACUCCUGUGGAUUAUUACUACCGGCCAGAAAUACGGCAUAGGGAAGGGUAUCACAACCCCCCAGUGUCUAGCGAGAACCUGAUAGGACUCAGCCGGGCCCGUCGGCCCCACAACGCCGUCUUUGUCACCUUUGAGGACGAAGAGAUCCCUUUGAAACCGCUGGAUGCAGCCGAGCAGACCUGGAAGAGAGUGUGCAGCAAUGCCAUCGAUCACAAAGCAGAGGAAGAACUGAGAAAACUCUUUGAGGUCCGUCCCAUCUGGUCGCGCAAUGCUGUGAAGGCCAAUAUUAGCAUUCAUCCGGACAAACUGAAGUUUCUCCUGCCCUACUUAGCGUUCUACAUGUUAACAGGACCCUGGAGGAGCCUGUGGGUUCGCUUUGGUUAUGAUCCCAGAAAACAUCCAGAAGCAAAGAUCUACCAGGUCCUGGACUUCAGGAUUCGAUGUGGAAUGAAAUAUGGGUAUGCGCCGAACGACAUGCCCGUGAAAGCCAAACGCAGCACGUACAACUACAGUCUACCGAUCACUGUGAAAAAGCCAGCAAGUCACGCGGCCGGCAUCCAAGACCUGAAGCAAGGGCUGAGCACAUCGGGGACCCCCAGCCCAAGAAAGCCCGCUUUUAGCAAGUACAAACUGAAGGAUUCGAUCUACAUCUUCCGAGAAGGGUCCCUGCCUCCCUACCGACAGAUGUUCUAUCAGCUCUGUGACUUGAACGUGGAAUGCUUGCAGAAGAUCAUCCACAGGAACGACGGCACCGAGGCAGUGUGCACAGUACGGGGGGGGGGAUGUGCUCUGUUCACAACCGCAUCAAAUGCCGAAGAGGGCAAAGAGCAGCUAACCUUUGAGUCCGGGGAGGAGGAAGAAGAGGAGGAGGAGGAGGAGGAGGAGGAAGAAGAUCGGCCCUCGGACGGGAGUGAAAACGAGAUGGAAACAGAGAUUCUGGACUACGUGUGAACGGACGUUGCUGACCUCUGGUGGCGGGGGGGGGCGCUUCGGCUUCCCUCAUUCCAGCAAUUUGCUGGCGAGCCCACUUGAUCUGCAAGACUCGAUCCGACACAUGCCGAUCCAUCUACGAUUGACCUCGAUGCAUGCCACCCUGAGGUUUGUCCUGAACUAGAGAUGUGAAGGUCCGGAAAAAAACCAGAAAAAUUAGGAAAAAAACGUU